CGCCUGGCGCAGCAGGAAGCCGUGGUGAUCCUGGCCUGAGUUUGCGGCGCCGGCUCUCCUGCUGCUGCCGCCGCCGCCAUGCUCGACUUUUUCACCAUUUUCUCCAAAGGGGGGCUUGUGCUCUGGUGCUUCCAGGGUGUGAGUGAUUCAUGCACCGGGCCCGUUAACGCGCUGAUUCGUUCCGUGCUGCUGCAGGAACGGGGAGGUAACAACUCCUUCACCCAUGAGGCACUCACGCUCAAGUAUAAGCUGGACAACCAAUUUGAGCUGGUGUUUGUGGUUGGCUUUCAGAAGAUCCUUACACUGACCUAUGUGGACAAAUUGAUAGAUGAUGUGCACCGGCUGUUUCGGGACAAGUACCGCACAGAGAUCCAACAGCAGAGUGCUUUAAGUCUACUAAAUGGCACCUUUGACUUUCAAAAUGACUUCCUGCGGCUUCUUCGCGAUGCCGAGGAGAGCAGUAAGUUCCGCGCUCCUACUACCAUGAAGAAAUUUGAAGAUUCUGAAAAGGCCAAGAAACCCGCGAAGUCCUUGAUUGAGAACCGUGUGGAAAAGCAGAAAGAAAAAGCAAAGAACAGCAAAAAAAGGGGGGGCAAGAAGGAAGGUUCUGAUAGCAACACUUUGGCUACCAACAAAGCUGUCUCCGCAGAAAAGUCAGGUCUCCCAGUGGGUGCUGAGAAUGGGGUGGAACUUUCCAAAGAAGAGUUGGUUCGCAGGAAGCGAGAGGAGUUCAUGCAGAAGCAUGCAAAGGGUAUAGAGAAGUCCAGCAAGUCCUUGAAGUCAGAUGCUCCAAAGGAGAAAGGCAAAAAGGCGCCCCGGGUGUGGCCAUUGGGUGGCUCUGCCAAUGAGGAAGUCUUGGAUUAUAGCACUCCCACCACCAACGGAACUCCUGAGGUUGCCCUUACUGAGGACAUCAACUUGAUUCGAGGGACUGGGCCUGGGGGGCAGCUUCAAGAUCUGGACUGCAGCUCAGAUGAUGAUGAAGCCUCUCAAACCACCACUAAACCUAGUACUACAAAGGGAACUCUGGGUGGCAUGUUUGGAAUGCUGAAGGGCCUUGUGGGUUCCAAGAGCUUGAGUCGUGAAGACAUGGAAUCUGUGCUGGAAAAGAUGCGCGAUCAUCUCAUUGCUAAGAAUGUGGCGGCUGACAUUGCAGUCCAGCUCUGUGAAUCUGUUGCCAACAAGUUGGAAGGGAAGGUGAUGGGGACCUUCAGUACCGUCACUUCUACAGUAAAGCAAGCUCUUCAGGAGUCCCUGGUGCAGAUUUUGCAGCCACAGCGUCGUGUGGACAUGCUUCGGGACAUCAUGGAUGCCCAGCGUCGCCACCGCCCAUAUGUUGUCACCUUCUGUGGUGUUAAUGGAGUGGGGAAAUCUACUAAUCUUGCCAAGAUUUCCUUCUGGUUGUUAGAGAAUGGCUUCAGCGUCCUCAUUGCUGCCUGCGACACAUUUCGUGCUGGGGCUGUGGAACAACUGCGCACACACACUCGCCGCUUGAGUGCCCUGCACCCACCCGAGAAGCAUCAUGGCCGCACGAUGGUGCAGUUGUUUGAAAAGGGCUAUGGCAAGGAUGCUGCCGGCAUUGCUAUGGAAGCUAUUGCCUUUGCACGUAACCAAGGCUUUGAUGUGGUGCUGGUGGACACAGCUGGCCGCAUGCAAGACAAUGCUCCCCUGAUGACUGCCCUGGCCAAACUGAUUACCGUCAAUACACCUGAUUUGGUGCUGUUUGUGGGGGAGGCCUUAGUAGGCAAUGAGGCUGUGGAUCAGCUGGUCAAGUUCAACAGAGCCUUGGCUGACCAUUCCAUGGCUCAAACACCUCGUCUCAUCGAUGGCAUUGUCCUUACCAAAUUUGAUACCAUUGAUGACAAGGUGGGAGCUGCUAUUUCUAUGACGUACAUCACAAGCAAACCCAUCGUCUUUGUGGGUACUGGCCAGACUUACUGUGACCUACGCAGUCUCAACGCCAAGGCUGUGGUGGCUGCUCUCAUGAAGGCUUAGCGUGGCUCUUGCCCAAUACCAAAUUGCCGCUUCCCCCCCAAGCCCCUAUUCCUGUUUUCAAAAAUGUGCUUUGGAGUAUGUGAGCAACUUGUCUUCAGUGUAGUAAAGACAGAGGAAGAGCUCCAGGGCCUUGCAGCUCCUUCUAACCCCACUUCCUGCCCAGCCUCUGCAAGGAAGGAGAGCCUAAUCAUGUUACAAUCACUGCCCACUGAUACCCAACCCCAUGGUACUCCAACUUCCUACUCAGGCAUCCCCUCCACUGCCUCCAGACUCAGUCUCUUUACAGCUUUGACCAAUUGUUAGAAGACCCAAUACGAGAGCUCUGCAAUGCGAGUGACACCUCAUGGAUUUGGGGAGCCGGCUCUGGUGGGUCUAGAAUACAUAGCUUUCAGGUCCCUGGGGCCAGGAUGACAGCCACUCCCACUGUGGCAGUGUAUGGCUUGUUCUUCAUUGCUGCUAAUUCUGAUGAAUGCCACCCCACUAUUUCCCCAAACCAUCAGUUAGGCCAGGGUGAUGUGUUGCAAAUGAGAGAGAUGAGUCCCCGAUUCCCGCAGAAAUAAAGGGAGCCAAAUUGCAGUGUUGCAUUGGGCUUCUCAGCCCCACUCUCUCCCACUUCGAAAAUACAGAUGUAAGCUUUGCAUGUUCCCUUUCCUGGGAGAAAAUGGUCAGAAAGGUAUCCGUUGCCCCACCUUUCCUCUCCUGAGUAGAUCCUGGCUUUUCCUCACUACUCUACAGUGCCUGGUAGACAAGUGCUAAGUUGAAGACCACGACCCACUUGUUCAGACUUAUAGCUUGGUAUUACAGAUGUGCUAUUAGUGCAAUAGGGUGAAGGCUGUCUACCCAGAGAAAUACAUAAUUUAUAUAGGAAAAUAAAUUUCAUAAAUAAA